AUGGCUACCCAAGUCGUCUUCCGUCUCCCAGAGUUACUAGGACAAAUCCUCUCCUACAUAGACCCUCUAUUCUUAAUCUAUCUCCGUAGAGUCUCCACAGCUUUCAACGAUGCUAUCACCACGUCCAAAAAGGUCCGCUUCUACAUAGACGAUAAUCAUAUCUACGGUUACAACCCAUCAGACGUGUUUCUACGCUCAGAAAGAAUCUUCACUCCAGCCGGUCUGCACUUCUUCUCCGGCUUUUGGAAAGAACUGGCACCACACCUUAUGCGUAUCGAGAAGGGUGCCUCUCGAAACAAAAUUCGAAUGGAUAUUAAAACCGGUCGGAUUGUACUUCCGUACAAAAUCCGAGAAUUAUACGCGAAAUACGAACCUAUCAUCACAGAGUUUCGAAUGAUCAAUGAGAAUGUUCGUGUUAGGGGGUGGGAUUUGAUCAAGAGCAAACAUUGGCGUGAGGUUGAUCUUGAUACGGCGGAGUAUGAAAAUAUAUUUUUGAGGAUGGCGAGACAUCCGUUGUAUAAAGAGUAUCUUCCGUUCAGGAUUAUGGUGGAUUUACUCUCGUUUGCUUAUGAGUUUGCAUUUGAUGAGAAUCUUGUCGAGCAGAGUGGGGAGCAAUCAGGCGCUGGGGCAGUUGAUAAAUGGAAUGUGUUUGCUGGCUUUAAAGUUGAUGCGGUGGUUUAUGAUGAGGAGAGCGAGGAAGAGAGUCAAGAUAGUGAGGAGGGGGAAGAGGAGGGAGGGGAAGACAGUACUGGGGAAGUUCAAAGUGAAAAUAAUGCUGAUAAAGAAGAAGGAGGAAAGAAAAACAAAGGAAAAGAAAGCAGUGGAGGAGGAGGAGGUCCUGACAAGGAUUCCGAUAGAGACUCUAAUAAGGGUGACGAGAAUACCGAUGGAGAAGAAACUGAUCUGGAAGAGGGACCAACCGACUCAGACGACUCAGACAGUUGCGACGGAGGUACUAGAGAAUUUUGGGCGUUGUUGGGACGUCAAGGUGAGGAGUACCCCGGGCCAUGGAUGCAACAUAAACGUUCAAACUUCGAAUACCGUUAUGUAGGCGAUUAUGUUCAGUUUCGAGCACUACGGGAGCGGCGUACAGUACGACGACCCCGGGAUGAAGUGGGACGACUUCAAUAUCCCAAAAUCAUGGAGCUUACAGAUAAAGAGAAGAUGAUGGACCCAGAGAUGUGUGAGAAGAGUGAGAAGAUUACAGACGUUUUGAAGUUUGGCGUUAUCAAACCAUGGGCACUUAAGGUCAAACGCCCACCCGCUGGAUUUGGAGGGCGUACAGCAACCCCCGGCGUGGAUGAUGAGGUACGUUUCGGAUCGCGUGACUGGACUGAUUCCUCUUUUCGCAAGGGCGAGCCUGACAGCGACACGGUCUCCGAAAUCUUAUCCCUGGUCCAAGAUGGCCUAAAUCUGUCUUAG